UAAACUUCAGAAUGAACCCGACAAGAGGAAAACCCGUUAGUUUGUAGAGGAGAAACUGUGACCGUCCAUGUCUUGUCUACAAAUAUCAACACGCUGACAAAAAGUUGUUGACAGCAAUGUCGAGAGAAAACACCACUCGAAGUUUGGACAGUAUAGACCUCGCUGCUUUAAGAGAUCCAGCAGGUAUCUUUGAGUUGGUGGAGGUGGUUGGCAAUGGAACCUACGGUCAGGUGUACAAGGGUCGUCAUGUCAAGACAGGCCAACUGGCAGCUAUCAAAGUCAUGGAAGUCACAGAGGAAGAAGAAGAGGAGAUAAAACUGGAGAUCAACAUGUUGAAGAGUUAUUCCCACCAUAGAAACAUCGCUACUUACUAUGGAGCUUUUAUUAAGAAAGGUCCUGCUGGACAGGACCACCAACUCUGGUUGGUGAUGGAGUACUGCGGAGCCGGCUCUGUCACAGACUUGGUGAAGAAGACCAAGGGCAACUGUCUGAAGGAGGACUGGAUAGCUUACAUCUGCCGAGAGGUGCUCAGGGGUCUUUCCCAUCUCCACUCCCAUCAUGUGAUUCACAGAGACAUUAAGGGACAAAAUGUUUUGCUCACAGAGAAUGCUGAAGUCAAACUGGUUGACUUUGGAGUUUCGGCACAGCUGGAUAAGACCAUCGGUCGGCGGAACACCUUCAUCGGCACUCCCUAUUGGAUGGCUCCGGAGGUCAUAGCCUGUGACGAGAACCCGGAGGCCACAUAUGACUACAGGAGUGACCUCUGGUCCUUAGGCAUCACCGCUUUAGAGAUGGCUGAAGGAGCCCCUCCUCUGUGUGACAUGCAUCCAAUGAGAGCGCUGUUUUUGAUUCCACGAAACCCUCCACCCAAACUUAAAUCAAAAAAAUGGUCGAAGCGUUUCUUGUCGUUUGCCGACAGUUGUCUGGUCAAGAACCAUCUGCAUCGGCCCGCCACGGACACGCUGCUGAGGCACGCUUUCAUCAGAGAUCUGGCCAAUGAGAGACAAGUGCGCAUCAUGCUCAAAGAUCACCUGGACCGAACCAGGAAGAAAAGGGAGAAAGAGGGUCCAGAGUAUGAGUACAGUGGCAGUGAAGAAGACGAUGACGAGGUGACAGAGGAGGAAGGAGAGCCCAGCUCCAUAGUGAAUGUUCCUGGUGAAUGGACGCUGAGACGGGAGUUUCUCCGUUUGCAGACUGAGGAUCGUGAAGGGGGCAGAGAGGGGGGCCACGGGGGAGCUGGGGGUCAACAACGACAACAGGCAUUGCAGCAGCACAGGCAGCAGUUGGCGGAGCAGGAGCGAUACAAGCAGCAGUUGCUGGCCGACAGACAGAAGAGGAUCCAACAGCAACAUGAGCAGCGGCAAAAGCUAGAGGACCAGCAGAGGCGGCAGCUGGCAGACUGCGCCUUCCAGUGGGCGGAGCUUCAAGAGAUUUUUCUUGGGGAGGAGUCUGAUCCCCAUGACGGCAGAAUCGUAUUGGAUGAGAGAAACCGGAGGAGUGACCGGAGACAGGACCAGGCAGGCAGACAGCCGAGUGCCGAUGUGUCAGUGAGGCCUCUGGACUCCGCCACAGAGCAGAGAGCCGUUGCUCCAAACCAGCUGCUUCAGCACAAGGCCCAGCUCUCCCAGCCUCAGCUCCAACCACAAGCCAAGCCCCAGCCUCUGGCUCAGCAUCAGCAGCCCUCAGCGGGCAGGAGAUCGCACCGCACCCUGCCCAAGGACCAAACCCAGCUCCUGUCGCUGCAGCACGACCACAGACACAGGGAGCGGGAGAGGCAGAGGCAGAGAGAAAAGCCGGUGGCAGCUGUCCAGAAGCUAACAGCUAAUAGUGGGAGCACAGCUGCUGCUGCUGCUGCUGCUUCCUCGCCCAGCCGCCCUGCAAACAGCCAGCGCUCAGCGAUGGACUUCCAAGAAUCAAACCUAGCCAGGCUGCUUCUGGCUGCUGGUCUGCCCAGCCAGAUGCACUCUAGGCUGGGCUCGGGGAGCAGCUCUAGUCCUUGUACUCCAGCCCUGCAGAGAGCUCACUUCAACCAGAAUGCCAAUCUGCGCUCCAGUCGAGACUCCCCUCACAGCAGCUCUAUGUCAGAUAUGGCCAUCUCCCCGUUGUCCCCAUUCUCCCCCACGUCCCCAACUGAUGAUGUCUUCUGGGACUCCGGGACGCCACCGAAGGUCCCAGAACGCACUACCUCGAAGUUCUACUGUAGAGAGCUGGUGAUGGGACACAAGAGGGCCGCUUCAAGUGGCAGUCCCGGGUCUGUCGCAGACAAGAGUGGACGGUCUGUGUCUCACGGAGUCCCCUCCAGCAGCAGCAACCACCCAGGCUACUUCAAACUGGAGAGUCCUCUGCUACAGCACCGUCUCCAGCAGCACCGGAGGGCACAAGAAAACGUGACCAGUGGACAUACACAAGGUGUUAGAUCUGCUCUGAGUCGGCUUAACAAGGCCACGGAAUACUCCUCAUCCAGCGACGAGGUCGGCAGCAGUGAUGAUGAAGAGCGGAACAGGUCUGGCCUGUCCAAUGGAAAGGGAAAAUACUUCAGAGGAAUACCUGAUGGCAUCGUACUGCAACCUCACCACAAUCUUAACCAGAUUUCUCGGCUAGGUUCAGAUGAUACCUACCUGCUACCAGACCUUCUGCAGAAAACGUCCUCCUCCAGUCCUACCCACAAUGCACUGGGCCAGCAGCGGCAAACACGUGAACUCAACUACUCGCAGUCACCCACAGCCCCUCGAUCCCCCACACACCAGGACCUACAUGCCGCCAGCAGUCCUACUGGUAAAAACGUCUCCUCAUCUUCCUCUUCCUCCUUCCUGUCAUUCAUCGAUCCAAGAUUGAUCCCCAUAUCAUCGCCACCACAGAGCCCUGUGGGCAGUAAGGGUGAGCAAAUCAAGAGAGAGAACCACAGGAAGGGCUCUGUGGUGAAUGUGAACCCGACCAACAUUCGUCCGCAGAGCGACACUCCAGAGAUCCGCAAGUACAAGAAGAAAUUCAACACUGAGGUUCUCUGUGCUGGACUAUGGGGUGUGAAUCUGUUGGUGGGGACAGAGAAUGGUCUGUGGCUGCUGGAUCGAAGUGGUCAGGGGAAAGUCUACUCCCUCAUCAGCAGACGAAGGUUUCAGCAGAUGGAUGUGUUGGAAGGACUCAACGUGCUGAUCACUAUAUCAGGUAAAAAGAACAAGCUCCGUCUGUACUAUCUGUCCUGGUUAAGGAAUAAAAUCCUGCACAAUGACCCAGAGGUGGAGAAGAGACAGGGUUGGACCUCAGUAGGGGAUCUAGAAGGCUGCGUACACUAUAAAGUGGUGCGUUACGAUAAGAUAAAGUUCUUAGUGAUUGCUUUGAAGAACGCCGUGGAGGUGUACGCCUGGGCCCCCAAACCCUACCACAAAUUCAUGGCCUUCAAGUCAUUCAGGUCUCUGCCUCAAAAACCAAUGUCUGUUGACCUGACGGUGGAGGAAGGCCAGAGGUUAAAGGUCAUCUACGGCUCCUUGUCUGGUUUCCACGCCAUCGAUGUCGACUCUGGAACACCUUACGACCUCUACCUGCCUACACAUAUCCAGGGCUCCAUUCAUCCCCAUGCCAUCAUCAUUUUGCCCAACAGCGCUGGAACAGAGGUUCUGGUUUGCUACGAAGACGAGGGCGUCUACAUCGACACCUACGGCCGCAUCACCAAGGAUACAGUGCUGCAAUGGGGGGAGAUGCCUGCGUCGGUCGCCUACCUUCAGUCUAACCAGGUGAUGGGCUGGGGAGAGAAGGCCAUAGAGCUGAGGUCAGCCAACACAGGGAACCUGGAGGGAGUUUUCAUGCACAAGAAGGCCCAGAAACUCAAGUUCCUCUGUGAAAGGAAUGACAAGGUCUUCUUUGCCUCUGUGCAGUCCGGAGGCAGCAGUCAGAUUUACUUCAUGACGCUUGGACAGAACUCACUGUUCAACUGGUAACGAGGGGACAACAGGUCCCCUCUGGGAUCAGCUGGUGGUGUCUGCCUUCAUUACUCUGGGUUUGCCUGGUGAUGCCUCUUUUAUUAUGCUGCCGACUGAUGUUCAUCUCCAUGGAUACUGGAUCUUGUCUAGUUGUUUGUGUAAAUGUGCAUGGAUCAGCAGUUGAUUAUAACUCCGGCUGCAGCGAAAAACAGCUUGAAUGCAUCCCCUCCAUGAACGCUGAAGCCUGAAUCAUCACUCCUUCGGCUGCAGCGACACAAAACAUCUGCACCGGAAAUUCGGCAAAAUAAGAGCUUUAGUUCACCACCACCUCACCCAUCCACCUAAGCGUUAUUAAAAGGUACAACUAGCAGUGUCAGCAUCCGUAAUGUGAAAAGCACACAAAGCCUUUUUCUUAUGUCUGCACUCCAUAGCUAGCUGGAGCCUUUUCCUAGUAAGAUUCAGGCUGCAAACCAUCACCGCUAACCUGACGCGCCAGAUGCGUUCGUCAUUGGAAACAGUUUGGAAAAAGGGCAGGCACUUUCAAAAAAAAAAAAAUACCUGGCAGGUGAUUGGAUGAACCAUCUGUCUAUCACGUCCGCCACUGUUUUGACUGAACACUGGCCGUCACACACACCUAAACCACGCCCGUAGCUGCCCGUAGCUCCUUACCGGACGCUGAUUGGUUCGGUAAGCUGGUAGUUCGGACACAAACGCAUUACUUGAAGCCUGACAAGAUGGAUUGUUUUGGUGGUUCACGCGUGAUCUUUUGAGAAUCCAGCUGCCGUGCAAGGUCACCCUACCAGCGGCGCACCGGUGUUGGCCGGAAUCAAGACUCCUUUUUUUGUGUCCUGCUAUAUCCAAAUCUACCUGGAAGCAAAACCGAUGGCUUGAUUCAGGUGAUUGUGUGGCGACUUCUAAUAAACACCUGAUCAUCGGCGAACAUCUGGCCUCAAGAUCCCGUCCCUCCUAACAUCUGUCAGCGCUGGAGACCACAGCAGUCCGCUCAGUUUGUUCCACAUUCAUCUCUCCUGGAUCGGUUAACUAUUUUUUCUCUCUCUUUCUUUAAAGAACUCCGUCCUAUCAGCUAAUUUUGUGUAAAUCAGUUACUCAUAUUUGCUUCAACAACGCCAGGCCUCUGUGUAUUACUGGAUCAACUGCUUCCUUUUGGUCUGAUGGAGUCUUGGAUAAUUAUUCUGCUAGUGCAGACCAGGGGAGAAAGAAAACCGAGAUCCAUCAUUCAUUCCACGGACAUCAUCUGUCAUCAUCUGGGCAUUUAAAAAGACUGGGUUUGGGGCCAAAACGUGGACCAAGUAGGACAAGAACUGUAUGUCAUUCUACAUUUUGUCGCUACUGCUUGCCAUUAUUUCUUGAUUUUCUUUAAUCAAUUUCUAGAUCCAUGAACCGCCCGUGUCUCCAAUACCUCAGCAGUGUUUUUAUGAAGGCUUUCAGUAGUAUCUUCUUCUUCUUCAUUGCUAUAAUCAUAUAUCAAACACCCAAACAAAUUGGUCAAUUACUGUACUGAAUCCUUAGGCCUCCUGCACGCUGCCUGCGUGACUCGAGCCGCGCCGAAAACGCGUGCAUGCUAGAAAUGGAACCGACGCCUAUUUAUCACACGACACGCAAGCGUGUUGGAAGCAUUUCCAGGCAAAAUAGAAUAC